CCGCUUCAUUAUUGUUGAAUUAUCUAUUAAUACCAGACAACCUCCGUAUGGACAUUCUCAUUUUUAUCUUAUAUUCCCAACAUGCAUCCUGCAUGCACCUGCUCCUGAGUCAUGGAGAAAAUUCGACCUAUGCCCCUGGGGCAUAAAACCUUUCCCCUGCUCUCUUUUCUUCUUUCUUCCCCUUUGCAUUUUCCAUACCCCCCUCACAUACCAAACAAUGAUAUCCUUCUCUCUCCGCCGCUUCACCACCACUUCGCUUGCGCGAGCCGCGGACAAGUCGCGUUUUGUUCCCCUCAGCGGCACGUACCCGAAGGGGUUCAAGGUUGGUGGGCUCCACUGCGGGGUGAAGAAAAACGGAAACCUCGAUUUGGCGAUCUUAACGUCGGAUAUUCCCGGCUCCGUCGCCGCUGGUGUGUUCACCACCAACAAGUUUAAGGCCGCGCCGGUACUUGUGUCCCAGAGCGUCCUCAAGCAGACCGACGGUGUGAACGUGAAUGCAAUUGUGGUAAACAGUGGCUGUGCGAAUGCUGUUACAGGUGAAGGCGGUAUGACAGACGCCAACUUAAUGGUGGACACGGUGGACAGGGCUUUGGGUAACUCCCGCCCUUCCACGCUUGUGAUGUCCACUGGUGUGAUUGGCCAGAGAUUGCCGAUCCAAAAGAUCACGGACGGGAUUCCAAAGUUGAUUGCCUCGGGUUUGGGCGACUCCCACGAACACUGGUUGAACUGUGCCAAGGCGAUUUGCACCACUGACACGUUUCCAAAGUUGGUUUCCAAGCAGUUUGCGGUUAAUGGCAUCACCUACACCCUAGCGGGGCUCGCUAAAGGUGCGGGGAUGAUCUGCCCUAACAUGGCGACACUCCUUGGUUUCUUUGUCACCGACGCCCCAGUUUCCCAGCCGGCACUUCACUCCAUCUUGAAACACGCCACUGACAGAUCCUUCAACUGUAUCUCGGUUGACGGGGAUAUGUCCACCAACGACACCAUUUCCGCGAUUGCAAACGGUGCAGCCGGCGGUGCCACCAUCACCGAAGGCACGCCUGAGUUCAAGGUCUUGCAAGACGAAAUCACCGGGUUUGCCCAGCAGUUGGCACAGUUGGUUGUCAGAGAUGGCGAGGGUGCCACUAAGUUUGUCACAAUCAGGGUCGAGGACGCGUUGAGCUACACAGACGCUAAGCAGGUGGCGUCGUCCAUCUCUAAUUCUGCGCUAGUCAAAACCGCGUUGUACGGGAAGGACGCUAAUUGGGGAAGAAUCCUUUGUGCGACCGGCUACGCCGGUGUGGAGGUGGUUCCGGCCAAGACAAAUGUCUCAUUUGUGCCGAGCGACGGCUCUGCCGAGUUGAAGUUGUUGGUUAACGGUGAGCCCGAGAAUGUGGACGAAGCCAGGGCCCUGGAGAUCUUAGAAGCGGAGGAUUUGGAGAUUGUGGUGCAAUUGGGCACGGGUGGCGGUGCCGCGGCCAAGUUCUGGACCUGUGACUUUUCCCAUGAGUAUGUGACUAUUAAUGGAGACUACAGAUCGUAGCGAGAGCGUGCACCGGUGAACUCGAGCUUAGGCAGUUAAUAAAUUGUAUGAUAAUUAUCAGCUGAGCCAGUAGAGGUCAAGCGCAUAGUUGGAAUCUACAGCCUUAUACUGGCUAUUUAUUCCAGGGCAGCAUGGCCUAAUAAUAUUUGAGGUAAAACAUGAAAGAAAAGGGCAGCUGAAGUUAUU